AUGCGGUUUCUAGCAUUGCUUGCUGCUGCUCUCCCUGCGGCUCUCGCUGCUGGCACGGUCGCUCAGAGCGACCUUGAGCCAUUCCAAACGCCCGCCCCUCAAGCCAAGGAUCCGGCCUAUAUUCUUCAUGACGCGGAGCACAACUACUGCUACGUUCAGCUCAAUUUUGGCGGCUGCACAACCUUGACGCCGUCCAUGGCAGUUUGGCACCCCGAGAAGCAAAGAUGCUUGCCCAACCCUGAUAUUGACAAGAACAACAUCCCCCGCAAUGCCACCGUUUGCCCGAAGACCGAGCACGCCGCAAUGGUGUGGUUGUAUCUCGAAGAGAUCCCGGACACCAAGGAGGUGUAUGUGAAGGCCCUGGACAAGAAGGUGCACGGAAUGCCAGCGGGCACCCUCUUUUUCAAGAACAAGAAGAAGGGCACUGUUCAUCGCUUCCAUCUGGAUUCUGGAAGCGAUCCCAAGACUAGCACCUCCAGCGCCGACAACCAGCCCAACAACCCGGCUACAGGCCAGCCUGACAACCCAGCUACAGGCCAGCCCACUCCCAACAUCAACCCAACCUAA